AUGGAUAUAUCACAUCCUAACAGUUUUCUGCAGCAGGAAGAGUAUCGGUUAACCACGUUCAGCGAACAUGAGAUAUCUCCCAUCGAUACCACUAUAGUAUACAGGGACAUGCCGUUUGUCGGCUACGAUUGUCUGAGAUACGAAGAAAAGCGAUUAGGAACCUUCAUCGACUGGCCUCAUGAAUGGCUGAAACCGUCAGAAUUGGCGGCCGACGGAUUUUAUUAUCUCAGGAAAGAUGAUCACUGUGCGUGUAUCUUCUGCAGAGGGAUAGUUGGAACCUGGGAAAAAACUGACACGCCAAGAGGAGAACAUCAACGCCAUUUUCCCCAAUGUCCCUUUAUUAGGGGUCAGCCAACUGGAAAUGUUCCCAUUGUUCAAGGCAAUAUCUUAGCCAGGUUACCGGUACUACAUCCGAGUCUGGACGAUUGCGGAUCAAGACGUGUUGAGGCCGACGCUUGCAGAUUUUCGUCAAGACAUAUGGCCGGAUCGUAUCCCGAAUGCAGAGGAUCUCCGGAUGAAACUGGUCUCUACCAGCAUUCUAGACCGAAACGAAGUGAUUUCACGACACUAGAUAGCCGAUUGAAGAGCUAUGUCGAAGGAUGGCCCAUCCUCGGUCUGCAUGCACAAGAUCUUGCCGAAGCUGGAUUUUUUCUACUAAACACAGUUACCGUUAUUAUAUACAUAGGUCUGAGUGAUCAUGUUCGCUGUUUCCACUGCGGUAAGGGUCUUCGCAAUUGGAUAUCUAGCGACAUACCUUGGAAGGAACACGCUAGAUGGUAUCCUAAAUGCAGAUUUGUCUUAUUGAAGAAAGGCCAGGACUAUAUCAAUGAAGUCCAGCGAGAAUAUUCACCGUACACCCGCACAGCGAGUACUGUAUAUUCGGGUAUCGAUAAGGCUGCUUCCGGUAGCAGUAAUACCAACGGAGGUGCAAUCCGUAUCGAACAAGAAUUGGAUCUGUUGAUGAGUUUGGAUGUCGUCAAGUGUGUACUGGAAAUGGGAUAUCCUAGUUGUAUAGUCAGGGCCUGCCUUAAAGAUCGGGUUGAACAAACCGGCGAACCGUAUUUCGUUAUAGAGCCUUGCCUUGAAGAUGUUAUACAGAGAAUGAGCGUAACAGAGAAUCGGGUCGCAGAUAAUCGUUCUGAGAGUACAGAGCGUGAGCCGUCAUAUGACGAACAGAUGAAAGAAGAACUCGAACGGAUGCGUGAAGAUCGCACAUGUAAAGUGUGCAUGGACAGUGAAAUAGCUAUAGUGUUUCUUCCGUGCUCGCAUAUGGUUACGUGCGUUUCCUGUGCUGUCCUGAGACAGUGCCCCAUCUGUAGAAGAGACAUCAAACAUGUGUGCAGAGCUAUUGUAUCCUAA